AGUUUGAUCACACAGAACCACCAUAAUGAGCUACGAAAUGGUGGGUAAAAAUGGAGAUGCUGAAGUCGGCGCGAGUGCAGAUUACGUGAGAGUCAAUGUCAACAGUGGAGCAAAAUCCGGUAACUUCAUUACAAACAACAUUUGUGAACUGCAUAGCGAUAGAGACCCAAUGAGUACAGAAGAGAUGCCCUUACUAGAGCAGCUGAAUAAAUCCCCUUAUUCCCCAGAACAGAACAUGAAACCUGCUCAGACUUACGGGUGUUUAAAUUCAAAAUGGGUCGAUGAAAAUUGCUAUAUCAGACCAAAGUUUCUAAAGUUCGCUCCUCACGAAGGAGUUCUACAGCAUCUACAAAACCUCUUGUGUGAGAAAUGGAAAAUGGACCAAGCCAAGUUCCUUAUCAACGUCUUCACAGCUACUGACGAGGAUGAAAGAGAAGAUCAGUCUCCUGAAACGAGAGAGAAGUUGAGAAAAAUAGUCAGACUGGGGAGAAAAACUAACUCUUGGUUUAUGGCACACAGUCAGACAGACCCUAGGAUAGCACACUACAGCCGGGAGGAGUCACAGAAAUCAGCCACCUCUCACAGGAACAUGGUGUACUGGAAAACUUGGUCAGAUAUAAAGGAGGAGGAUAGAAAAAAACUCACUGGUCCUGAUCCGGCAACACUAGGUAGUAGAAUCAACACCCCUGAGGUUAGGGUAGUGGAAAACGAUCAUGAUCAGAAGAUGUUGGCCCGAAUGUCAUCCUGUUUCUUGUUCCCUGAGUACUCCAGUAGUAAUGAAGUUAGAGAUCACCUGGUACUGGUCAAGGAACUUGCCAAAACUUUUGACGACGAUGAACAUAGGGAUAGUUGCAAGUUCAGAGUCAACGUCUGCUCCCCUAUCAACUUCUUCGUUCCCACUAGUGACUCCCCUGAAGAAGAACUUAGUGACGAAGAAAAAGACAUGGUCACAGAGCUUCUCAAGAGUGGCAUCCCAACUAUUGUCCUGUACAGCAGCGCUAUCUCCAUUAGUGACUUUAAAUUGAAAUUAGGAGACAGAUUGGAUGGUGUUUCAGAUAACGAUAUUUGGAUUCGUGUCUGGAUAAACAACGAAGAUAACAACGAUGUAGAACAACCGGAACAUACAUUUAUUGACCUUCCCACGGGACUUAAAGAUGUCCUUGUGAAAAGUACAGAACACAGUGGACAGAACGAAUUCAAAGAGCACUGUACUCAACUAUACUUGAGCAUGGUACUGGGGUUAGAAGAGACGUGUAAGAGCAUCAUAACUGAUGAGGAACUCGGGGAUGGGCAGAAAGAUGAUCUUGUGUCUAUGAUACAUUUAUACGAUAGACCUGAUUUGCUAGAUCUUUGUAUAAAGAGCAACUACGACAUAAAGUCCUGUUUGUACAACUGUGGAGCUGGAAUAGUAGGGAUGAUGCUACAAAAGGCUGAUAAAACUAUCACAAAAGAGAUUAAAACUGCCGUGGUGAAAUACCAGGGAGAGGACUUUAAGAAACGUACAGCCGAAUUCUACAAUUGUAUCUACAAGUUGAUAGGGAAAGACGGUCGCUCAAUCAUUAACCCGAUCGAUCUUGAUAAUCCCAACCAAGCCCAAGGCAAACUAGAGCUGGAUGACGUCAUGUAUAUUUUCUACUGCUUCAACGAGGAUUGGGAGAUGGCAGAGAUAAUGAGGAAACAUUCCGAUUUCUCAAUAUUCAAAUGUUUUGUGGCCAUCAAAGCCAUGCAGCAGAUAAAGAAGAUUCAGAGUAACACAGGUUCUUCAGACUAUGUUGAGAUGCUGGAUGAUCAGAUAGAGAAAAUGGACAAGCAAGCAGGAAAAAUGAUUGAGAAUAGCUAUAAACAAAGUCUUGAUAUCGGACCAGUCGUCUUCUGGGAACAUCAUCAAUAUAACGACAAGACGAUAAUAGAUAUGGCAGGAGAGACAGGAUGUCAUAGUAUUCUGGAGGACAAAACCCACAUCCACUCCUACAUAACAACCCGGUUUAACGGAGCUCUUGACCCCACUACAUGUUGGAUCAAUAUAGUUUUAUCGUGGGUAACAUGUGGACUGCUAGCUCCCCUCCUAAUCAAAUUUGUACCCAAACAGAGCAAAAGAGAUGAGACUACUUUAUUUCUAAAUGAAAAGGGGACUAAGCGGACAUUUCUUGAGAAAAUAACCUCAUUCUGGGCGUCUCCCCGCAGCAAGUGUUACCUCCUCAUGGUAACCUACCUGGUGUUCUUGUACUUACAAACUCUGGUGAUACUGGACACUACCAGGAUAACGCCAACUAUAUACGGGGAUAUAUAUGGGGAUCAAGGAUGGUACUUCGGAAAAGAAAAAAGAUCAGAUGAAGAAGAAAGGCUCCGGUGUUACAUUAGAGCGUGUUUGGUGUUUGUGUUAUGCUUUCUUACAGUGGAGAUCGACAUCAGUCAGGUGAAAAGCUACAACAUAAAGUCCAAGCUGUGUCACUACUUCAGCAAUGGUUACAACCAAGUUGAUCUGUUCUCAGCAUCUACAUUCCUUUUAUACGUGAUCCUUACAUUCCUUCUCCAAGGAAACGAAAACGCUUACCUCGUAGCUAAAGCUGUUUUGUCUGCGUCCUACAUCGGGUACAUCAUCCGGUUUACUCAGUUCUUACAACUGUUCGAGGAUAUUGGACCAAAACUCAUCAGUAUUAAAAACAUGAUAGCAGAUCUAGUUUUCUUUGCCUCCUUUUUGUUGCUAACCAUCUUCGCUUAUGGAAUCGUUUCAGAGUUUCUGUUGCACCCAUAUCCGAGGAGUGUACCUGCUGGUCAGAUAGCUGAUAUUCUCAAGAGACCCUAUGUGAAUAUGUUCGGGGAGUUGGACCUGGACACUCUUGAACAAGGGAUAGAAACAGGAGUAUGUAAGUACGAACACUAUCUAGAUAGUGUUAAGCUUAACAAUGACGGUACAUCAGUAGAUGAGGCCGCUAACUGCGAGGAUUACAUUUGCGGGGAUACUUGUCGUACAUUCAAGUUACUGGGAAGAAUAAUGCUGGGAAUGUACACAAUGAUGACCGUAAUUCUCCUGACAAACCUUCUUGUGUCCAUAUUCGGCAAAACUUACGACGGAGAUUUUGAUAAGACCAGGCAGUUGUGGCAAUUGCAAAGAUACAAGCUGGUAAAGGAGUCCGAGUCUCAGUGUUUUUUACCCUUCCCACCGUUCAACUUCCUACAUUCUGUAUAUACGUGGAUAAGAUCGUGUCCCUGCUGCUGUAAUGGAAAGAAUACAGAGUUCUAUGAGCAGUAUAUUAAAGAGGUGGAGUACCGGUGUGGUAGACAACUUGAGGAAGAUGACAAACAGGAAAAAGAUGACAAAUAGUAAAUAGGAAUGAUGAUUUAUUUUGGAGAUAAAAAAUAGGAAUGAUGACUGAUAUUUAUUUGUGUUUCUGUUGGAGACGGAUAAUAGUCGGAGACGAAUAUGUCGGUGAUUUCCUCAAGUAAAACUUACUUAUAGUACAUGAAUUUGAAAUGGUAUUUGAUUCAGAAUUAUACCCUGAUGGUAUGUGCCAACAACUAAAGGUUGCAAUUACAGUUGGACAUAUUUCUGAGAAAUGAUCACUAAGAAUCAGUGCAAUCUUUUACUCUUGGUAGAGAAAGAUCGUUAAAAAGCAUUAAGCAGCCUAAAGUUAGCUCAAUAACUGCAAUGUUACGCUCCAACAUAAGGAACUAGGACGUCCACCCCUGUUUUUUAAGUUGCUACUAGCGGACCAGCGGUGUGUUCUUAACUGAAUAGUAAAUCUGUAAUAAUGGGACGGGAUUAUUUUUACAUUGUUAUAUAUGAUGAAAUAUGGUUGAGUCAAGUUUUUUGAGCUUAGUAUUGGAACUCUUUGCUUUUAUCAUAUAGAUAUUGAGAUUGCAUUUUAUUUUAAAAUUUCUGAUUGUUGUUAAUAAUAAUAUAAUUCUGGUUUAGUUUAAUAUUUUUAGCUGUUGCUUUUUCCGCUUUUUAAGAGCUCAAAAAAAGAAAUAAGACAAUUUUUAUAAUUACUCUACAACUUAUUCAAUGUUAAAUAUAAGUGACAUAUGUACACUAAUUGUACUUAAUUAAAAGUACAUCACAGACUUUUCCGCUAUUUACAAACUUCAUCAAAACUUCUACAUAACAUAUUAUACAUAAUUUAGG